GAUUGUGAGGAUGGCGCGGGACUGGGCAGUUCUGUUGUACAUAUGGUUGCUAUGAGUUGGAAUCUACUUGAUGGCACCUAACAACAACACAACAAGAACCUGCCAGAUACUGUAGAGAGUAUUUUUUUGUUUGGUAUCUUUAAUUCUUAUAACAAUCCUGCAACAAAAAUGUUGCUGUCUUUUUACUGAUAUAAAAAAAAACAAAACUGGCUCAGAGUGGUUUAGUGACCUGGGUAAGGUUAUAUAUCUAAUAGCUUAGAGAGCUGGGGUUUCAUCCAGGUGUGGCUAGCUCCGAGGUCUGUACUACUCUUUCCUGUAUAUUACAUUGUUUCUAGCUUGUAGGACGGGAAGAAUGUAGUGUCAUGGGGAGAACUAAAAGUUACUGGAAAGAGGAAGUAUUUGGAAGCAUGAAGUGACCAUGAGAUAUCCUAGAAGAGGUAUCCUUUAGGAAGUUGCACUAUCUGACUGCUAGUGCAAAGCAGAAAGACUGAGGUUAGAGUUACAAGGUCAGAGUUACAGAUUUGAGAGUGAGCUGACUGUUGGUAAUGAUUGAAACCAUUAAGUGGAUUCAUGAAGGGGUUGUUGAGAGCCUUGGGGAACACUUUCAGGUUUGAGGGACGAGGAAGACUGGAUGCCAGCAAAGUGGAAAAAAUUAAGUCAAGAGAAAUAUGGUGGAACACCAAAAAUGUAUGGUUUCAUGUAAAUCAAGGGAAGCGCUAAGAGUUUAUAGAAUAAGAAAAUGAUCAAUGAUAUAAUUCAUUUAUUUAACAAAUAUUUAUAGAGCACUUAUAAUGUGCUAAAAACUGUGCUGGGUACUGGCGAUAUAGCAGUGAUAUAAGCAGACAAGGUUCCUACCCUCAUGGAUUACCUUUUGGUGGGAGAGGUAGAUACAGUAAAACCUGCAAAAGCCAGAACCUGUAUAAGGUGGAAACUUGUCAGAGAAGGAAAACUCAAAUAUUUUCUACUAAUAGAGAGUGAUAGAAAAAUGGUAAGACUGUACCCUGUCAAAGCUGGAAAACUUGCCUUCCUGUUGUGUUCUGGCUCUCACAGUUUUCACUGUAAUAAAUAAGUAAAUGAAAAUAUGAAGGAAAUCAAUAGGUCCAUGCCAGAAAGUGUCAGUGGGUAAGAAAGGCUGUUUUAAAUGGGAGUAUCAAGAAAGUUAAGACAUGAAGAAUGAGAGUCAACCAGAGAAAAGCCUGGAAAGAGCAUUUCAGACAAAAAGAACAGCCAUUACAAAGAUUCUCGGGUAGUAAACAGCUAGUUGAGGAAUUGAAAGGAGGUCAGUGUAGCUAACGUUGAGUGACCAAGGGGAACAGUGAUGGCACCUGAGAUUAGAGAGCUUGUCAGGAAUUAGUUAUGAAGGUCUUGGCAGUACAGUGGGAAGCCACUGAAAAUUUUUAAGGAGAGGAGAGAGUGACACGGUCCAGUGCAUGAUUUUGCUUACUGUGUGGAGAAUGCACUGUAGGGGGCAAGAAUGGAAGCAGGCAGACAAGUUAGGCAUUAAAUGCUGUGGCAGAUGACUGAGAAUUAAUAAGAAAUGCAUAUUACUUAAUAAGAAAUGCAAAUUUCUCUAGAAAUUGCUUCUUAUCAGUGUUUCAGUGAGACUUAGUUCUAGAUCAUAGUACCUUCAUUGUCAUUUUCCAGAGAAUGGCAGAAGAGAUUCUGAGGGUUCUUUUUUCUUUUGUGCUUGAAAUAAUUAACUGUUUAGGAAGGAAAGUUCAUGCUGUUAGAUGUUGAUAACACUUUUGCCUUUUUCCAGUAAAACAACUUAAUGGUAAUAAAUUCUUUUGAAUCAUUGUUAAUUAGUUUCCAUUUAGAAUAUUUGUUUCUAUUCCAGUUCUGUUCAUUCAUAAGUUGGUAGCACUAACAAUAUCAGACUAAGUAUAGUCAGUCUCCAAAUAACAUUUUUUUUAAACUGUAAUUUUUUGUUUUUUAGUAUGAAAAAUUUCAAGCAUAUACAAAAGCAGAGCAUAGUGUAAUAAAUCCACAUGUAUACCCAUCAUUCAGCAUCAGCAAAAUCAACUAAUCAUAUUUCAUCUAUACUCCAAACACGUUUAUUUUGAAGCAGAUUCCAUUCAUACUAUUUCAUCUAUAAAUAUCUCUGUAUGUGUAUCUAAAAGAUAAGGAUGUUCCCACAUUUUAGUGUUUUAUUCCCUCAUAGAGUAUAUAAAUGGAUAACCAUUGUAUCUCGCUUGCCUGCAAGAGUCCUAAUUUAUGCUUUUUGUCCCUGUAUAUUUAUUAUUAUAUAUUUAUUUAUACCUUUUCACUUAAAAGAGUGUCUGUGCUUGGGUGAUAAAUUAUGUGUUCAUCUUACAUACAUAAAGGAAGCUGUUUCAUAGUGUAUGGUAAAUAAAAUUCUGUAAUAAUUCCUUCAGGAUUGAGUACUUUUUUAAUAGUGUGUUACUUUUCUGUUUUCUUUUAUAUCAGGAGAGCAAACUCUGGAAUUCAUUAUUUUAAGAAAUGAUAUACUGAAGUAUAAUGCUACAUAAGUCAUAGAAAGAAAGGAUCCUGAAUAUAUGGCCUGAUUGGUGGUAAUGACAUCGAUAAAAGGCUGACAUUUAUUUCUUUUCUAACUAGCUACUUUGUAACUGUGAAUAUUAACUAUGCAUAUUUGUUGGCCAGCAAAACCAAGGAACAAGAGCUAUGGCACUUGAAGAAGUCUAUUUGAUUCCAGGGUAUUAUUCCUGGGUUUCCUCAUCAGAGACCUCCUGUUUUUCAUCUCAACAACAAUGUGGUACCUUUUACUUUUUGAUAAAAAUUAAGGACAUGUUCUUUAGUCAACAACCAGAACUUAAAAUCUGCUGGAAUAGAGUCAGAGACCAUUUCAAUUACAGCUGAGGAAAAUGAAAUUUCCAUUUUAUAUGGUGCCUUGUACAGUGAGUGUACUAAUUCUUAAGGAAACAUGAGUGAAGAGAGGUUGAAUUUUGUCUGUUAGAAACUCAUGGUUAUGGCGAGUGACCCAACGUGAUCAGAGGGGGCAAGAGCCACAAAAGAACUCAUGACGGGCUAUACCAUGUUACGGAAUGGGGGAGUGGGGAAUGGAAGUCAAACCUGUAUGUUAAGGUGGUCCAACCGUAUCCGACUUACAUGGCUCAGUUUUACACUCUUCAUCAUUCUGGUUUUCUUCCCUCUCAUUGCUCACUAUUAUCUCACCACCCUGGAUGAAGCUGAUGAGGCAGGCAAGCGGAUUUUUGGCCCACGGGCUGGUAAUGAGCUAUGCGAGGUAAAGCAUGUACUGGAUCUUUGCCGAAUUCGUGAGUCUGUAAGUGAAGAGCUCUUACAGCUGGAAGCCAAGCGGCAAGAGCUUAACAGUGAAAUUGCCAAGCUGAAUCUGAAGAUUGAAGCUUGUAAGAAGAGUAUUGAGAAUGCCAAGCAAGACCUGCUUCAGCUCAAGAAUGUCAUUAGCCAGACUGAGCAUUCUUACAAAGAGCUGAUGGCCCAAAAUCAGCCCAAACUUUCUUUGCCCAUCCGGUUGCUCCCAGAGAAGGAUGAUGCUGGUCUUCCUCCUCCGAAGGUCAUACUGGGUUGUCGGCUGCACAACUGUUUUGAUUAUUCUCGUUGCCCUCUCACCUCUGGUUUUCCGGUCUAUGUUUAUGACAGUGACAAGUUUGUCUUUGGCAACUACCUGGAUCCCUUGGUUAAGCAGGCUUUUCAGGCUACAGCUCGAGCCAAUGUUUACGUUACAGAAAAUGCUGACAUUGCCUGCCUUUAUGUGAUAUUAGUGGGAGAAAUGCAGGAGCCAGUGGUACUGCGUCCUGCUGAACUUGAGAAGCAGUUGUAUUCGCUACCCCAUUGGCAGACAGAUGGACACAACCAUGUCAUCAUCAAUCUAUCACGGAAGUCAGAUACACAGAAUUUACUAUAUAAUGUCAGUACAGGCCGUGCCAUGGUGGCGCAGUCCACUUUCUAUGCUGCCCAAUACAGACCUGGCUUUGACUUGGUAGUAUCGCCACUAGUGCAUGCCAUGUCAGAGCCCAAUUUUAUGGAAAUCCCACCACAGGUGCCAGUUAAGCGGAAAUAUCUCUUCACCUUCCAGGGUGAGAAGAUUGAAUCAUUGAGAUCCAGCCUUCAAGAGGCCCACUCCUUUGAAGAAGAAAUGGAGGGUGACCCCCCUGCUGACUAUGAUGAUCGCAUCAUUGCCACCCUAAAGGCAGUACAGGACAGCAAGCUAGAUCAGGUCCUAGUAGAAUUUACCUGUAAAAACCAGCCUAAACCCAGUUUGCCUACUGAGUGGGCACUGUGUGGGGAGCGAGAGGACCGCUUAGAAUUACUGAAGCUUUCCACCUUUGCCCUCAUUAUCACUCCUGGGGAUCCUCACUUGGUUAUUUCAUCUGGGUGUGCAGCACGGCUCUUUGAAGCCCUAGAAGUUGGAGCUGUCCCAGUUGUGCUAGGGGAGCAAAUACAGCUUCCUUACCAGGACAUGUUACAGUGGAAUGAGGCAGCCCUGGUGGUGCCCAAGCCUCGUGUUACUGAGGUUCACUUCUUAUUACGAAGUCUCUCGGAUAGUGACCUACUGGCUAUGAGGCGUCAAGGCCGCUUUCUCUGGGAGACUUACUUCUCAACUGCUGACAGUAUUUUCAAUACUGUGCUGGCUAUGAUUAGGACUCGCAUACAGAUCCCAGCUGCUCCCAUCCGGGAAGAGGCAGCAGCUGAGAUCCCCCAUCGUUCAGGCAAGGCGGCCGGAACUGACCCUAACAUGGCUGACAAUGGGGAUCUGGACUUGGGGCCAGUAGAAACAGAGCCCCCAUAUGCCUCACCCAAAUACCUCCGCAAUUUUACUUUGACUGUCACCGACUUUUACCGCAGCUGGAACUCUGCUCCAGGACCUUUUCAUCUUUUUCCCCACACACCCUAUGACCCUUUGUUGCCCUCAGAGGCCAAAUUUUUGGGCUCAGGCACUGGAUUUCGGCCUAUUGGUGGUGGAGCUGGGGGUUCUGGCAAGGAGUUUCAGGCUGCACUUGGAGGCAAUGUUCCACGAGAGCAGUUCACAGUAGUAAUGUUGACUUAUGAGCGGGAGGAGGUGCUUAUGAACUCUUUAGAGAGACUGAAUGGCCUCCCUUACCUGAACAAGGUUGUGGUGGUGUGGAAUUCUCCCAAGCUACCAUCAGAGGACCUUCUGUGGCCCGACAUUGGCGUCCCUAUCAUGGUGGUCCGUACUGAGAAGAACAGUUUGAACAAUCGAUUUUUGCCCUGGAAUGAAAUUGAGACAGAGGCCAUCCUGUCUAUUGAUGAUGAUGCUCACCUUCGCCACGAUGAAAUCAUGUUUGGCUUUCGGGUGUGGAGAGAAGCACGGGACCGCAUUGUGGGUUUCCCAGGCCGUUACCAUGCAUGGGACAUUCCUCAUCAGUCCUGGCUCUACAACUCCAACUACUCCUGUGAGCUGUCCAUGGUGCUGACAGGUGCUGCCUUCUUUCACAAGUAUUAUGCCUACCUGUAUUCUUACGUGAUGCCCCAGGCCAUCCGAGAUAUGGUAGAUGAAUACAUCAACUGUGAAGACAUUGCCAUGAACUUCCUUGUCUCCCACAUCACUCGGAAGCCCCCUAUCAAGGUGACCUCACGGUGGACUUUCCGGUGCCCAGGAUGCCCUCAGGCCCUGUCACACGAUGACUCCCACUUUCAUGAGCGACACAGAUGUAUCAACUUCUUUGUCAAGGUGUAUGGCUAUAUGCCUCUGCUGUACACUCAAUUCAGGGUGGACUCUGUACUCUUCAAGACUCGCCUGCCCCACGACAAGACCAAGUGCUUCAAGUUCAUCUAGGGGCAUUGCAAGUUCUGGGGAGAGGAUGGGCAGUGAGGAAGAUGGCUCCUAAGGUUCCUAGGCAUUGAAGGACCCUGGGGACAUCCGCUGCAUGGGUGGCCCAGACCUGCUGCUGGGAGAGGUGGCAGGAAGAGUGGAAAAGAAAUAGCUGCCUUUAUCUUGAAGUUGGCCACAUUGGGCCUAGGCAGAUUCUGAACUGCUCUCACUGGAACCCUGGUCAGAAGACACUGGGGUUCCCUCUACAGGGCACUGACUGAUAGCUUACACUGAGGACCAUGGGGACUCUGGAUAGUCACUCACUUAGUUCAUAAGCCCAGGACAGCUGGUUUGUGGUUUUUAAAUUCAGUAAUGACUAUUAUUAUUUAAAAAGAAAAAAUUUCAGAUUUGCCGUCAAGGCUUAUUUAUAGGUGUGUGUGUGUGUAUGUAUACAUAUAUAUACACGCACACAUAUCUACAUAUACACACACACAUAUCUACAUAUACACACACACACUCAUAUAUAUAUUUUUGGGGGGGGUGGAGUUCAAAAUUUUUGCCUAACUCACUAAUGAGGGACUCACCAGGCUCAUGUUCUGUAUUUCAGUGGAGAUGGAUCCUAGCCUUGGGUGACCUGGCUUAUCCUUAAAGAUCAUCUCCCAUCCUCCCCAGGGGUGUCUGUUUGCAGAAACAAGAAAGGGAUGAACUUGGCCCUCUUAUAGUGCCUUGGAUAAGAUAAGAUCUGUUCCCUUUACUUUCUGUUGCUAAUUAGCAGUUUAUAACUCAGAUUCUUUCAUCUGAAUCCUUGGGAAAGACCAUACCUUUGUGAACAACUGAGCUUCCUUUUGUUGGAUUCAGUGGUUUUUGAGGAUUCAUCAUCAGGUAGUGCUUGUCCUAGUACUUAUCCCUGCAUUCCCAUUCUCUCCCUUGUGUGGAAGAGAAUGAAGAGGCAAAGAAUGAGGAAGGAAUAAGGUCUGAAGAUAGCACUCUCAAAUGACUUUCUUUUGUUCUGCCCUCCCAUUUAAAAACAGGUUGCCAUUUGGCUUCAGACUUUCCUGAAGUGUUAUCUCGUGGAUAAGAGGACAAAAAAGUUGUGGUCUGAAGUGGUUUGCAGGCUGACCCACUCUCUCUGGACAUAGAAUAAGCAGGCAUCCUUUGAGGAUCCCCACCCGCUGGCCGGGAAGUCUUACAGCAAGGCACCUGCCUUGGGAUUAGUACCUUGGUGAAAUUCACCUUCCUCUCCACCUUUGUCUGCACCUACAUCCUGUGUUACCUGUAGUUUUUAGACUCCUAAUGCCAGGUUGGAGUCCUGGCUCGGCUGCUAACCAAAUGUUGGCAGUUCGAAUCCACCAGCCACUCCUUAGAAACCCUAUGGGGUAGUUCUGCUCCGUCUGUAGGGUCGCUAUGAGUUGGAAUCGACUUGACAGCAGUGGGUUUGGAAUACCAGGUUGGCCACAGGACCUCCUGAGGUUUGAUAUGUGCUAGAAAAAUGGGAGAUAUGAUUUGCUAGGUAAGCUCAAAUCCAGUCUUCUAAUUUAACAAGCAUUUACUCCCCUCAUUGCUAUGUUCCACUCCUGGUUUAAGUUUCUAUUAUUUGGGCUGAAACUGAAAUAAGCUAAUUUUUUGGUGGCGGUGGUAAGGCAGCCAAGGAGGGAGUUCGUGGUACUUUUCAAGGGUUUAGCACAUGAUUUCUACUGUUUUUCCAAAGCCCAAUUUCUUCAAAUGAAGUUGAGCGUAGAAGGUUCCAGCAGCUGAAAAAGCUCAGGUCUGUCCUGGUCAAGCAUAUGCCUUAACAGCCAGUUCUGUCUUCCCUAGACCUUGACACCCUGUGCUUCUGUGUCUCGGGGGUACAAUCUCCUCUAACCUGCCUGUACCAAAUGGGUUCUCUUGAAGUACCAUUUUGAAGCCAGGCUUUUUGCUGUUGCUACUACCCAACUGUAGCCUUAGCUUGGCUCACAGGAACUCUCCUCACUGGCAAACGGGGGCAGGGCUGCUCCCAGGACGUGUGUCUCUCCAGAGGUUUCCACUGGCAUCUUCUUGUAGCUCUCCUGCCUGAGGCAGCUACCUACGAAAUUUGGUUAUGCAUCUCCGCAACGCAGCAAAAAGGUCCAGACUUCUGCAUCCUAACUUUCUGACUACCUUUUCCUUGACUUCUGAAUUUGUUCUUUUUAGCAGCCUUCUUCCCUCAAGGGAGCCAAAGAGUGGUGUUUUGAGCUAUAUAUGUGGCUGCUAUUUUAUUUUGUUUAUUUUAAUGUGAGGAACUCAUAAAUUGACUUUCAGUGGGAUCUGGUGAGAGAAGAUAGGUCUGUAUGUUAGGACCCCUUAAGUGGAGCCCCACUCUUGGGUUCUUGAACAUUAUUGGUAGAUCCAUGAAUAGCUGAAGGGUCUGAGGCUACUGAUGACAAAAGUGUGCUGGAGGGAGGAUUGUGAUAAAAGGAUAGCACUGUUUGGCCUGACAGGAACACUAAGUUGAAGGACUCCAAAGAGCAGGCUCUAGGGACACUGGCCCCUGUUCUUAAAGGAUACUCUUUAGUAGCGAGAGGCUGAGCAGUCAGACAUUGCACGCUGCUUGGUUAGAUACCCCUGAAGAAUGACUGCCACUUUUUGCCAGGUGGAUUAGGGUGAGUCCCAGUAUUUAGAAUGCCUUUGAUGCUGAUCACCACGGAAAACCCAUAUAUUUGCACCCGACACACCUGGAACAUGAAAACAGCUCUGCCGACCCACAUGAAUUUCCUUGGCUGCACACAGGGGAGAAGACUCCUUGUUACCCAGUCUUUGCUCCCAGGGCCCAGACACAUUCCUGUUCUCUAAUUAGCCAGUUUGCUUUUCACCAUGAAGGAUUAUAUGACUAAGUGAUAGCUUCCCCAAGGUUCUCAUUAUGCCAUUCUGAGCUUUUAGGCCCCUGGUAGUGGUUUUACAUCUGGUCUGAACUGCACCUCAAGCCAUGGGCUGCCCACUUAGCCGAUGGGGUCCUGCCUGGAGGCAGGAGCAGUCUAUCCAGCAGCUGCCUGGGUGUGCACUUAGGGAGCUCCUGGUCUGAAAGGCUGUUUGGAAGGGAAAAGCUCUUGGGUAUCCAUGCCAUAUCCAUUCAACCCACCCCUUUUCCAAUCACGAGCACAAUGGUCUUAAACAUUGGAUUUUUGUUAAAAAAAAAUAAAAUAAAUGGAGACUUUAACUCAA